GAUGAGUCCGUUCGCGUAAUUGGGGACGCGUUGGGUCUGGUUAGCCGGUACCAAGAAGACAUUUUCUCGCUCGAAGACGUCUGCAAUCUGGCCACACUACAAGUGGCUCGCAGGCUUCUUCGAACUCUCUUGAAGAUUGUUGCGCAGCUCCACCGGUUUAAUAUCGUCCACAACGAUAUCUGUCUGUCCACUGUGUUUGUGUCAGGCGCCUUCGACCCAGACUCGGACAUUUUCCUAGCUGGGUUUUCCGAAGCUACUGGCGACAUGACGCGGACUAGAAACGAUUGCUUUCAGGUUUUUCGAACUGUUCAGGAGUUCCUGGGACAGCGGGUACAACUACCCAAAUGCUGGACGGGAGACGAGCACCUGGACCACCUAUGGCAGCGCCUCUCGGAAUCUGGAAGUGACACCUGGCCUUCUACCGCGCAGGAAAUAUGCACCCGCUCAGAUAUCAGCCUAGCCCCUGAUCUGGAGGAGCCCAAGACCAUAUCAGUAUCCAAGGGCUUCGACUUCAGGCACACUUCUCAGCAGGACGUAUCGUACCUGGAUGUCAGGGAUGUCAAGGAGUAUUUGUCCAAGGACGCAGUCCGGAGUGCCGGGAGGGCACCGUCCACCGCCCAGGUCAAGACUCUCAUUCAAACGGCGUUCGCCGCCCUCGAACCCUGCAUACGUGACGGCACGGUCACCGCCAAAGACUACUCGUACUUCAAGGAUCACAUGCAGGAACGGCACGCCAACUACAAUCUGGGGCUCAGACUAUUCCUAUCUUUGCCAUCCGGGUACUACAUCAAGAAACCGAUCCAGUUCAAGCUCAGCUUCCCGGUGCCAUACCUUUCUCGUUACGGCCUCGUCAACCUCGAGUACCUCCGAAACCUCGCCUCCACAGGUUUCGACCCGGAAACCCUCAAACCCCUUCUCCCCUUCUGCUUCGAAAUCCGCGGCUUCCCCGAAGCCCGCGGCGUCUACAUCUCCGUCACCCACCUCGACAUCAUCGCCGAGCGCCUCGGCCUGCGCAUCGAAGACGACGACUACGACACAACCGCCACCGACACGUCCCUGGAGGCGUACACCUACCAGGAGUGGUACCUCCUCGCACCGCACCCCAUGUCGCGCAUCUUCCCCGUCCAGCGCGCCACCAACCAAGUCCUCACCUCCCCUUCCUCCUCCUCACCACCCACCUACACCCCCCUCGGCCGCUUGCUCUCAGACCACUUCGACGCCAAGACCUACCUCGACUCAGAUGUAGUCCACGACGCGGAGCGGCUCUUCGCCAGCAACAGCAACGCUGAGAGCGCGGCUCUGCUCCCCCAACCAAACUCCUGCGGCGGCUCGGUCGAGGCGACCAGCGACGACUCGCUGCUGGUGCGCUUCCGCCCGUCGGGCCUGCCGCAGCCGAGCCUGCUGCUCGAGACCAAGGCGAAGAGGCGCGCGGAUGAGACGGAUGCGUGGAUACGCGGGCAGGAGGAGGCGCGCCGGGCGAGGCGGCGGGGUGGUGGUGGUGGUGGUGGUGGUGGUGGUGGUGGUGGGCGGGAUAGGGCGGAUAUUGUGCCGACUGAGUUUGGGGUUGGGGAGAGGGGGGGGCCGGGCGGUGGUGGUGGUGGUGGUGGUGGUGGUGGGAGGGGGGGUUAG